AUGUAUAGACAAGGAUUCGCCCUUCGUUCCCUGGUAGUCUACCUGCUGCUGCUGGUCCUCUUGGCAAGCUCUACAGCUGCAGACGAGGAUGAUAAAUGGGUAAUUGGUGUCGUCAAUGGCAAGAAAUGGAAGGUCAAAGAUGACCGGCAGCCAUCUCUCUAUACUGCCGAUUACGGCGACUGCCUAGGCGAGAGCGCUAUCAACGUCACCCGAUUUGAUGCCGCUUACUACAAGGACAACAUGACCAUCGUCUUCCACUUGGAAGGUGAGACUGGGCUCCGCAGAGAGGACAUAAUGAUGAACAUUGGUGUUUAUGCGUAUGGAGAGAGUCGCUUUGAUCUUACCUUUGACCCUUGCAACGCCAACAUCAACAGCGCCUGUCCCGUUAGAGCUGGCGUUCAUAUCGAGGCGGCAGGUAUCAUACCGAUCAACCAGAACGACACCGCUGGAAUCCCAGAAAUUGCACUCAGCAUCCCCGACUUUGAAGGCCAGGCUAUCCUUCGGCUGUUCUCCAACUCGACGCAGAAUGAGAUUGGCUGUUUCGCUGCGCAGAUCACCAACGGCUACACAUUCCAGCAGAAGAGCGCUGCAAGCUCAACGCUAGGAGUCUUCACUCUUCUGGCCAUCCUCUCUUCGUUCGCCACGGCUGCCUAUGAAUCGGACAUCGCCGAUAUGCGCAAGCAUUACGCACAUUCACCGUCGGUUUCAGUCGUCUUUGCCGUUUGGCAUCACAUCUUCUACAGCGGCGCGCUCUCGAUGAAUUGGCCGAGUGUCCUCGUGGGCUUCUGGAGCAACUAUGCUUGGGCCGGAGGUAUGAUAUACACUGAGCCAAUGCAGAACAUGAUCAAUGGCUUCAUCGGCUCGAACAAAGGAAACACAUCGCAGGUCGGUGCUGCGGGUACGGGUGAGGACAAUCCUAAUCUUGGGGGCGGCGUCGACAUCCAUCAGAUAUACAAACGAGGUGUGCUUCCUCCGGGUCUAGAUCUUCAAGCUGCUUUAUCGAAGCGCCAGUCCGUCGAAGCGAGCAGCGGGUUCCAGUACUACGGACUGCCAGUCAAACCUGGGCUUCCACUUCCAGGCAACUAUUCAGGAUUCGCUGGUACUCUUGCGACGGAGCGUAUCCCAGCGAGCAACGCAUUCAUGACUGGACUGCUCUGGUUCUUGAUCUCGAUUGCAUGCGUUAUCGUCUCCAUACUCGGCCUGAAAAUUGUCCUCGAAGGCCUGAGUAGAAUUCGCGUGGUCAAGAAGGAGCGCCUAGCAUUCUUCAGGAGUCACUACCUUGCCUUCACCAUGCUAUCUGUUCUGCGCGCCGUCUUCAUCGGGUUCUACAUGUUGACAUUCCUCGCAAUGUUUCAGUUCUCUUACCUAGCUCUCUCUGCUCCUGUUGCAGUGGCCUGUAUCGUCUUCGUUGCGGUGGUGUUCGGAAUCGGCAGCAUCGCCGCCUACGCUUGCUUCUCCAGGUUCCGCAUCGGGAAAUAUGUCUCUGAACCCGACCGCUUGAACAUAGCAAGGCAAAGAGUGUGCAAGAUCGUCCCAUGGAUCAGCAUUUCCAGGAACAGCAAAAUUCCGCGCUCUGAAGACGAGGUAUAUGUUGCUACGAUUCCUUGGUGGACGAUACACGCCAUGGCGGAUACCAUGUCAAUCCAUGCCGAUGAGCAAUACACUACAAGAUUCGGGUGGCUCGCCUCGCGCUAUAGGAGAAGCCGCUGGUGGUUCUUUGUUGUCUGGCUUUUCUACGAGUUCAUUCGAGCAGGCUUCCUCGCCGGCGCAUCAACUCAGCCCUUGGUCCAGGUCUUUGGACUCCUUGUGGUUGAAAUUGUCGCAUUCGCCAACUUUGUUAUUCUUCGGCCUUUCGAAGGACAGCGCCUCAACGUCAUGGUUAUGUAUCUUCUUGGUUUCAGUAAGGUUGCUACUACAGCGCUUUCGGCAGCCUUUGACACACGGUUCGGCGUCGCCCGCAUCUCGACAACGGUGAUUGGCAUCGUCAUUAUCGUCAUCCAGGGAUUUCUGACGAUUGCUGUGAUGAUUUUCAUCUUGAUCGGAGUUGUCUCAAGCUACAUGUCCAUCAUGCGCAACCAAGAGGAGACCAAUUCGUCGUGUUUGACCCCUACACGAGAGAAGUAUUUCGCGCACAUGGACUUUGCAGAACAGGAUACCCCUCGACCACGUGCGGUGUCGGUCCAUUCUGCCCCGGAAGUACCCAAGACGCCAUACUUCAAAGUCAAGCAGGUAAGGCGAAUGGCCAAGCUCGAAGAUGAAGAUGACGAGUUCAUGCGAGAGAUCAACGCUGGUUCCGCCUCUGAGCACCUGCUGCCACAGCAAGACUGUAGCUACAAUGCAGCUCGACCAGACCAAGGCAACAGAACGAGAAGUCUUCAUUCGCAAGCGUCGUACUCGAGUCUACCCAGAGCUGCCCGUCAGCAUCGUCCAAGCUGGAGCAGACAGGAUUAUAGCGGUCCGAUGGGUCUAGGACGUCAGCGGGCUUUGAGCGACGUUCAGACUCCAACUCGUAAGGAAAGCAACAAGACUAUCGAUAUACACCAGAGUCCUCUCGGUACCUACCAAAGUCGACCAGACACUCCGACUCUUUCUUCGGCGUAA